CACAUUUCCGAAUAAACAAAGAUUAGAGGCCAAAUAUAAAUUUAACUGAAGGUCUCUAAACCCGAAACAAAAUAAGAAUUCAACUCUGGGAGCGUGACGGUAUACGGGAACGGCAGCAACAGAGAAGUAGGUGCUCUCAUGGCGUCUCAGCUUCAGCUUUCAGCUGAUGCUGUUACUCAGCUUAAAGAAGGCAUAGAUUUGCUACUUCUUCGGUGGUCUGCACUUCAGAUUGCCGUCCACAACGAGUGGGGCGGCCGUGAUUCUGCCCGCAAGUCCGAGCAAUUCUCCUCGGUCAUCUUCUCUUGGUUCACCCAAUCCAAAGAGCCAUUGUAUAUUGAUGAUUUAGAAGACAUGCUUGACAAAAAUAUGGUUUCCUUGUUCAAUACAGAGAUUGAGGAUGGCAGCACUGAGGAGGUGGCAGAAAAAUUAAUGGUCAUGCAUGAGGAGUGUUUGGAAGGAAAUUAUAAAUCCAUUGAAAAGCUUAGGGAGGCCAAUUCACGAGGAGGAGUUGUUUCUCAUGUUAAACAGGUUGUGGACGAGGAUAAUGAGGACGAUGAUGAUGACCGAAGUGUGGGGAAAGAUGAUUCGUCAAAUAUGAUAGUUGAUGCACCACAACAGCGGUCAAGUUCAAGUACAGACGACAUGCAGGUUGAUGAACGAAUGCCGGAACAGGUGGCUGAAGCAGAAGAGGGAUGGGUGGUGGUUUCCUCCAGGCGGAGCAGGGGCAAAAGGCAUUAGGUUAAAUUGGGCUUCUCAGGCCCUGUUUCUGAGUUUCGUUGUAUAUGUUUUUAAGUCUCUUUUUCUUGUUCCCCUCCAAUUUUUCUGGGGUAUCAAAUUUUCUUGAGCCUUGUUUGAUGUGCUAGCGGACUAUGUGGCUUGGGAGGGUUCUUGGGUUUUUACUUCUCCAUGCUGGGUGCGGUUUGUUGCAUGUUCAUUGGGAAAUGGGCACUUCAGAUUUUGCACCGGAGGCAAAGCAUUUUUCUUUUUCUUUUUCUUUUUUUUUUUGAGUGGCUCUUUACAGAUGUUUUUUCUUUGGCCCCGAUAAGUAUAUAAAAUGCCAAUGUCAUGGCUUUCAAUUUCAGGAUUGAAA